CUGCCGGGCUAUAAAAGGGGCGCCCGUUGCCGCGCGCGCUGUCGCCGCUGACCUUCGCGAAUCCUCCGCUGCGGUUCUACUCCCGCUCCUUCCCGCCAUGGCGCCCAGGAAGUUCUUCGUGGGGGGCAACUGGAAGAUGAACGGCGACAAGAAGAGCCUGGGCGAGCUCAUCCACACGCUGAAUAGCGCCAAGCUCUCCGCCGACACCGAGGUGGUUUGUGGAGCCCCCGCCAUCUACCUUGACUUUGCCCGUCAGAAGCUCGAUGCAAAGAUUGGAGUGGCAGCGCAGAACUGUUACAAGGUACCAAAGGGAGCUUUCACAGGAGAGAUCAGCCCAGCAAUGAUCAAGGAUAUUGGAGCUGCAUGGGUCAUCCUAGGCCACUCGGAGCGAAGGCAUGUUUUUGGCGAGUCUGAUGAGUUGAUUGGGCAGAAGGUGGCUCACGCUCUGGCUGAGGGCCUUGGAGUCAUUGCCUGUAUUGGAGAGAAGCUGGAUGAGAGAGAAGCUGGUAUAACUGAGAAGGUGGUUUUUGAACAGACCAAGGCUAUUGCUGAUAAUGUGAAGGACUGGAGUAAAGUGGUUCUUGCCUAUGAGCCAGUUUGGGCUAUUGGAACUGGUAAAACUGCAACUCCCCAACAGGCUCAGGAAGUUCAUGAGAAGCUGCGGGGGUGGCUGAAAAGCCACGUGUCUGAUGCUGUUGCUCAGUCAACUAGGAUUAUCUAUGGAGGUUCUGUCACUGGCAGCAACUGUAAGGAGCUGGCCUCUCAGCAUGAUGUGGAUGGCUUUCUUGUUGGUGGAGCUUCUCUCAAGCCAGAGUUUGUGGAUAUUAUCAAUGCCAAACACUGAAGCACCCCAUGAGGAGCUGUCCCUUGUGGUUAAGAAAUGGAAGCAAGAAGGGACCUUUAUUGCACAUGUCUCAGUACGGAGGCCUUCCUCGAGGCUUUCCCCCUUCACAGUCAUUGUUCUAGAUGUUCUGCUAACCACCCUCACCAUGCUGGAGUCCUCUUAGCAUAGGAGUCUGUCUCAGCAGAGUCUUGACAGUCUCCUCUGAGCUGAAUCUUCAGUUCCUGUUGACUUGUUCAGAGCCCACAGCCCACCUGGCCAAUAUCUCUCCCUUGUCCUGCAGCCCUGCAGGGAGAGGGGGCCACUGGUGCUGCGAGAGGGAGAAAGGAAACAGUCUCUUGCACCCUUCAGCUCCAUCAGCAAGGAACCUGUCAGCUUUGACCCUUGUGAGAUGUCUUACCUCAUCUGUGUCCCGUACUGAACAAUAAAUGAAAAACAGAAAAAGCAAA